GUAUCACGUAUUUCUAUCACUUUUAGUUCUUCGUCGGAAACAGUUCAUAAUCCGCAGUCUGUUCUGAUUAAGCGAAAGUCAUGCAUUUUGAAAGAAUAAUAUACUUGCUAUUAAUUUGCAUUUGUUCAGGAAAUGCCUUGGUGGAUCCAAUUCUGACAGCUGUGCCUGAAAUGUCCAAUAAUGAGACAUCUAUCAAUGAGUCAUCUGGUGUCGAAACUACCACCACCUUGAUAACCACCCCUUCAACAGUCAUCCCUUCAACAGCCUCUUCCUCAACAAUCCCUCCUUCCACGUCUUCUCCUUCAACAAUCAUGCCUUCAACAAUCACUCCAACAAUCAUUCCAUCAACUCCCUCUUCAACAAUCACCCCUUCAACAUCUACUCCAAAACCUAAUCCUCCCCAUCCCUCUGGUACGAAUUGGGUGGUUGUGGAUGAAGAAACAAACAUAACAUGCAUAGUGGUGAAGCUCUCAGCAACAAUGAUCAUUCCGUACCAAACAAUCAACGGCAAUGUUGAAAAUGCUACAAUGGCUAUACCUAGUAAUGCCACAUCCAAUGGUACGUGUAAUCUUGGCGUUUUGGAUGAUCCAAAUACCCAGAAAAUAUCCUUGCAGUGGAUGUCUGGCAAGAAUGUUAUCCCUAAUAUGUUAACAUUUGUCUUUCACAAAAACAUGACUAGUAGUGGAAAUGAGUCAUCUGCGGAGGAACGAGUUUUUCUUUCAGACAUUACGGUGCAGCUUUAUCUGGACUCUAUUAAUUUCCCAAACGCAACAGGAGAAUAUACUUAUGCUGAACGUCUGAAUAGCAAUUUGCAUUCAGUAGCUGUCAACAAUUCUUAUAGGUGCAAUUCCCAGGAGAGUAUUGCACUGGAUGUUCAGGAGUUAGAUAGCUCGGCUACUAUUCACAUGGCGCACUUGCAAAUGGAAGCCUUCCGAACAUCGGUUAAUGAUAAGUUUAGUUCUGCGGUUGAUUGUCCUGCUGAUAAAGUUGUCACAUCAGACAUUGUACCAAUUGCUGUGGGUUGUGCCUUGGCUGCGCUCGUGGUAGUUGUCCUUGUUGCGUAUCUCAUUGGUAGAAGACGUGCUCGUCAAAGAGGGUAUCAAAGUGUUUGAAGAACGGAGAAACCGUAGCAAAUGGAUUACAUGGGAAAUGCUAUGUUAUUGGUGUAUUGGUAUCGGGGAAAUUGCUGUGUUACUAAAAGUUCGUCAGAAUUGCGUGAAUUGGCUGGAAAGUUAAAACUGUCUCGAUUUUAUAUUUGCUAGUGUAGCUCUGGCUUAAAUUUUUUUAUACUGUUUCGAAUUUCUGGCAUGUCUGUGGUAAACCGAUGACGGAAAUAAAGCUAGAAAGUGAAGUA